AUGCAAACUCCAUCGUCUCCAGACGCCUCCAACUCUGCGCCAGAUGUCACGUCAGAGCUGUCUCCGAGUUCACGCGGACGACAACGAAAGAAAAACUCUAGAUUCACAGAUUUCCAUGUGAGCGAGGUUUAUGACGGUCAAACUCCUGCAGCGAAACGGAGGAGGACCGCUGUGUCUGCAAAAGCCAAGGAGCAAACGGAGGAGGAGGAGCAGGAGGAAGGAUAUGUACCCCCCAAACUACCCACACGCAGAGGCAGGAAACCAGGAAGGAAACCAGGAAAGAAACCAGGAAGGAAACCAGGACGGAAACCAGGAGAGAAGAGUAAUGCAGCGGCUGCUGUUGUGGAGCUGAAUGGAGAAGGAGGCGCUGAAGUCGAGACGCCGAAACCCAAACGCAAAUACACAAAGAGGAAGAGAGAGGAGGUGAUCGUGAAGGAGGUGCAGGAUGAGCAGGGGGAGGCCCCAGAGGAGGAGGACACAGGCACGCGUCCCAAACGGGGAGCGGCCAGAGCGGCUCUGAAAUAUCUCCGAGACCGUCUGGCCGAGACUGAGGAGCAGGACCAGAACCAGGCCAAUGGGGACAAUGAGGGGCCCUUGAGAGACCAGGACCAAAGACCAGGAUCCAAGACCAAGACUCCUACAGGUCGUAGGAGGAAGCUCAACUGCGACUCGGACGCAGACAGUGACAAGGAUUUUGUGCUGAACGCUGAGACUGCCGGAGAGGAAGAAGAAGAUGAAUAUCAGGAGGAAGAGGAAGAGGAGGAGGAGGAGGAGGGGAGGUUCACCAGCACACAACACCAGGGCGGGGGUAAUGGAAGAGGACACGGAAACCGCUGCAAGAAAGGCAGUGGGAGGGGCCGAGGUGGGGGCCACAGCGGGGACCCGAAAGGGAACGGAGUUCCAGUGAUGACGUCCAUAUCCGUCCAAGUCUCCAAGGAAGUCACCUCCAAGUUUCGUCAGGGUUACCACAGCUCCUGGAUGUUUCCGGACUGGAUCCCCUCGUCCUCACACUGGCAGUUGCUUCCACACAGGGAGGCAGCAGAGGAGUACCUCCCUCAGGAGCGGCAGUCUGUUCAGUUCUGUGUCUCCAGAGAAGGAUCUGGGACCGAGGAGCCGCAGACGCUGCACAGGUUCUGCUCCUCCUCAGCCCACUCAGACCGCUGGGACUCGGUCUUCUUCUGUGGGGGUCCUCUCUGGUCUCUGGAGUGGUGCCCGACCCCAGACCACUGUGAGGAGACUCAGUAUAUAGCACUUUCCUGUCACAGAGACAUGGACGAGACCCACCGGGACAACCAGGUCUACAGUGGUCCAGGCCUUGUCCAAGUCUGGGACCUGGGGAGACUCCAGAACCACUGCAGACCGGACCAGAGACCAGCUCUGGUCUACAGUUUGGCCCAGGACCAAGGCUUUGUGUGGGGACUGAAGUGGUGUCCUGCAGGAACCUGGGAGAAACCAGAGACCGAGAGACAGGCUCCUCUGAUGCCCAGACUUGGGCUCCUAGCUGUGGCUUCGUCUCUGGGAGUGGUCAGCAUCUACAGCCUCCCUCAUCCAGACGCUCUGCUCUCACUGCUUCCCACCGAUGGCUCUGACACUGCGGUCUAUAAGGUAAAGGCUGUGGUGACCCUGAAGUUGGGUUCCUUUAAAGCUCCUCGGGUCUCGGACAGUGGUCUGGUCCUGAGUCUGGACUGGGUCCAACACAAACCACACAACCUCAUCGCUGUCGGUUUCUACGACGGUCACGUGGGGCUGUGGGAUCUGAGCACUCGCUCGUCUCUGCUUCGUAUCAGAGAGAGCGACGGCUCCAUGACGCUGUUACCGUUCCAGUGUUUCAUCGCCCACGACCUGCCAGUGAGACACGUGUCCUUCGCCCCCGCCUCCCGGAACCUACUGGUGUCAACGGGGGAGGACCGGUUCACCAGGACCUGGGACCUGAGUCGGGUCUGUGCUCCUGUGACGGAGCAGAAGAGAAACAUCAACACAGAGAUCGUUUGGCCUCUGUCUGCUCCAGGACUUCUUCUGGGGGAAGAGAACGCCUAUGCAGCGUUCAAGAAUCACGGAGUGCAUUUCUACGACCACCAAAUGUCGGCAAUGUUCUCAGUACCUCGGUCUGGGACCAUGUGGUCCAUCGCAUACUCUGAUUGGCUGAACUUCCUGGUGACGGCGGACACGCUCGGAGAUGUGAUCCUGUGUACGCUGCCUCUGCUCAGUGUGGGCUCUCUGACCAAUAAACGCACACAGGAGAAGAGAUUUCCGCUGCAGUUCUGCGAGAUGGUCCCAGUGAAGACCUCUGAGGAGGGGACAGGAUGUGAGCAUAAAGAGGGGGGCGGGACAGGAAGUGAGCAUAAGGAGAGAGGCAGAACAGGAAGUGAGCCGUUCAAACUGGACCUGUACCGAGAUGCGGCGAAGAAAUACAGCCUCAAGUUCACGGACUUCAACACGGGCUCGUUGUUGAACUAUGAGCAGCGUCCACUGUGGAAGAAGAUGAGAGCCACGGAGUCCUCUGCGUCCCUGAAGCUGGACCACUUUGCUCUGGCCGCUCUGCACAAGGUGGUAGUCAACGCCUUGGUGGGCGCCAUCCCUUCCAUUAUGAAUGUGUUGCUGGUUUGCCUCAUCUUUUGGCUGAUUUUCAGUAUCAUGGGCGUCAAUUUGUUUGCGGGCAAGUACUACUACUGUUUCAAUGAGACUUCAGAGGAAUACUUCCCUGUUGAUAUGGUCAACAACAAGUCCCAGUGCGAGGAACUUAUUAGAAAUAAUUUUUCUGAGGUCCGAUGGAAGAAUGUCAAGAUCAACUUUGACAAUGUGGGAGCUGGCUAUCUCGCACUUCUGCAAGUGAACAAGAUCCAGGGCAUGGUGUUUGACUUUGUGACACAGCAGGUUUUUGACAUCUCCAUCAUGAUUCUUAUUUGCCUCAACAUGGUGACCAUGAUGGUGGAAACAGACGAUCAGUCCGAUGAAACUGAGAUGGUCUUGUACUGGGUCAACUUCAUUUUUAUUAUUCUUUUUACAACAGAGUUUUUACUCAAACUCUUUGCUCUUCGACAUUAUUACUUCACCAAUGGCUGGAAUAUUUUUGAUGUGGUUGUAGUCAUCCUGUCUAUUGUUGGUAUGUUCCUGGCAGACCUGAUAGAGAAGUACUUUGUGUCUCCAACCCUGUUCAGGGUGAUCCGUUUGGCUCGUAUUGGCCGUAUUCUCCGCCUUAUAAAAGGGGCCAAAGGAAUCCGGACUUUACUCUUCGCUCUGAUGAUGUCACUGCCAGCUCUGUUCAACAUCGGUCUGCUUCUGUUCCUGGUUAUGUUCAUUUUCUCCAUCUUCGGCAUGUCUAACUUUGGCUACGUAAAGCAUGGAGCAGGAAUAGAUGACUUUGGUGAGUUGGACAUGCUGAGGCAGCAGAUGGAGGAACGUUUUGUGGCAGCCAACCCCUCCAAAGUAUCGUACGAACCAAUCACCACUACCCUCCGCCGCAAACAGGAAGAUAUCCGAUUCAGCCCAAACUUCUCAUCUCACACAUGGAUCGCCUCCGGUGGUCAGAGCGGGCUGGUGCGGCUGCUCUGUGUACGCUGUGCAAACUUCAAACACACCAGCAAGUACCAGCCUCUGGGGGAGCCAGAGAGCCUAGAGUCUGACCCAGAAGACGGCUCCUUUCCCGUGGAGACAGACCAGAGACCUGCCCCACAGACCAGAGACCUGCCCCAGAGAGGAGCUCCGAUCCCGGGGAGACAGACCAGAGACCUGCCCCAGAGAGGAGCUCCGAUCCCGGGGAAAAAAAUCCAGUAUUGA